AUGUCUAAUAGCUUGUUGGCUUCACUUUAUUGUGAAGGGGAAGUUAACUUAAUCAUAGGUGUCUCUAAUGUUGCUGCACUAAGGAUAAGUGCUAUAAUAGAGGCGGGAGCUAAACCUAUUCUUAUAUCUGAAAAAGAUCUGAGCUUAUAUCCACAAUCUAUUAGAGAUAAGUUAGAGGAAGGUAAACUUAAAGUAUUGCAAAAGCAAUUUGAGCUAAACGACUUAGUUUCCUUAGGUAGGGCGGAAGUAGAUAACGUUGUUGAUAGAGUAUUUGUCACAUUACCGGUGAGCGAUGACACUCAGAAGGCGAAAAUAUACAAGGAAUGUAAAAGAUUGAGAAUUCCUAUAAAUACUUCAGACUCACCUGACCUUUGUACUUUCUCCUUGUUAUCUACUUAUACUUCAGGAGAUUUUAAGUUGGGUGUGUCAACUUCAGGAAAGGGCUGCAAACUAGCAUCGAGGUUAAGACGAGAACUAGCUAACAGCUUACCUCCGAAUAUUGGAGAAAUUUGUAAUAAAGUUGGCGAUCUAAGACGUAAAAUUAUAGAAGAAGACUUUUCAGAUUUGAAAAGAUUUCAAGAAGCUAUUGAUGCAGUUGGAGAGAACGAUGAUGAUGCUGUAACUACAGCUAAUCUCAAUUCAUUAGUCGAUGAAUUCAAUAUGUCGAAGGAACAAAAGAAAUUGCAAAGAAGUAGAUGGUUAUCUCAGAUUGUGGAAUAUUAUCCUUUGAAUGUUUUAGCGAAUCUUUCCAUGGAGAACUUAACUUCUGCCUACAAAGAGGGCCGGGUUAUCGAUAAUUAUACCCUACUGAAAAUGAAAUCGAGGCUGAAAGGGUCCAUUUCAUUGGUAGGUUCUGGCCCAGGAUCGGUAUCUCUUCUCACUUUGGGUGCAGUUCAGGCGAUACAUACAGCAGAUUUAAUUUUAGCAGAUAAAUUAGUUCCUCAGCAAGUCCUUGAUUUGAUUCCUAAAGCAACAAAAGUAUUUAUUGCUAGGAAGUUCCCAGGAAAUGCAGAAAAGGCACAAGAGGAACUUUUAACUUUGGGCUUAAAGAGUUUAGAGGAUGGAAAUAAAGUUGUUAGAUUAAAACAGGGCGACCCCUAUAUCUUUGGCAGGGGAGGUGAAGAAUUUAAAUUCUUCGUUGAACAUGGAUAUAAACCAACUGUGAUACCAGGAAUUACCUCUGCACUUGCUGCCCCUGUAUUAGCGAAUGCUCCGGCUACUCAUAGAGACGUUGCAGAUCAGGUUUUGAUUUGCACUGGCACCGGUAGAAGAGGUGCUUUACCAAAUCUUCCAGAAUUCGUCAAAUCGAGAACUACAAUAUUUUUAAUGGCACUUCAUAGAGUAGAUAGUCUAGUCUCAAAACUCAUCGAAGAAAAGAAGUGGGAUCCAGAGUUACCAGCUGCUAUAGUUGAACGAGCAUCAUGCCCCGAUCAAAGAGUGAUAAGGUGUAAGUUACUGAACGUCGGUAGAGCCAUGGAAGCAUGUGGAUCGAGACCCCCUGGGUUAUUAGUUACAGGCUAUGUUUGCGAUAUACUAAGUGCACCUUUAAAAAAUGGUGAAGAGUGGGUGGUCGAAGAAGGAUGCGGUUCCAUACUGGAAUUGGGACCCAUCUCAGGUUACAUAAACUCUAAGAAGAUAGAGGAGUCAUGA